CAAAAAAAAUGACUCCUCUCUUCUUCCUCUUUCAUUUGGUGGCCUCCUCGUCGACUGUAAUAGCCGGAAUCGGAAAACCCAAAAUGGGUAUCCCCGAACCUUUCCGGUCAAUUUUCGGCCAAAUAGUUCACACCCACCUUGAUUUGAAUACAUAGUAGUAAUCCUCUCAUCGAAACGAAUAAAAUGAUGCAUUGUUUGUCAAUUUUGGUGAAGAUUAAAUUUUCCGGCCACCGUGCACGGCGACGACAGCGGUGGUCCGGUGAGGCUCCGGCGAGACUCCGGCGAAUACCCGAGAGGCAGAAUAAUCUCCUCUUCACGCGGAUCACGAAAAUCAAAUCCGAUUCUUGAUCGGUACAUUGUAGAAGGUUAUACACUUAUCAUAGUGUGAUCGGAGAGGACAACAACGGAAGAAAUGUCGGACUACUUGCCUGAAGAAGUGAUAAUACAAAUCUUACACAACCUACCUGUUAAAUCCUUGAUUAAAUGUACUAGUGUUUGCAAGUUAUGGCACUCUUUAAUCAAAAACCCUAAUUUCAUUUCCGCUCAAAUUGCCAAAACCUCAUCAAUUAACAUCAAAAGCAACCCUAACCCAUUACUCCUAUCUCACUUCGACGACAAUCAGUACUCUUUGGGUUUUGACAAUCAAGAGUUCAAGGACUACAUGCCACUGCAUUUCCCGUUCAAGUCCGACGCCAGAUACUUUCAGGCAGUGGCUGUGGGUUACUCUAAUGGCUUGUUAUGCCUCUGUGACAGACGUGAGACAUUGAGCAGGUACAAAGACAAAUUCAUUCUCUGGAAUCCCUCUAUUCGAAAAUCAUUCACACUUCCCCAACCUAAUUUUUCCUUGGCCAUCUGUUACUUAUGCAAUGAUUUUGUUGGUUUCGGGUUUGAUUCUAACGCUAAUGACUAUAAACUCUUCAGAAUGAUUAUGCACCUAGAUGACUGUGGAAAAAUUCAAGAACCUAAGAUUCAGAUUGAAAUUUACUCAUUAAACUUGAACUUGUGGAAGAUUAUUACUGGUAAUGCACCCACGUGUUGGAUAGAAAAGCAAAUGGUAAAUCGGUGUCCCUUACAGAAUGCAGCUUAUGUGAACAAUGCAUUGCAUUGGAUUGCUUAUUAUUCAAAUGAUUCCACAGAUGAUCAUGGUAGUCUAUUCAGAUAUUUUAUUCUGGUCUUUGAUUUGAAAGAUGAAGUUUUCCGUGAAAUCAUGUUGCCAAAUUCUAUGACAAUGUCUGGUGCAUUUAGACACCAUGUUAAGGUAUUUGGGGACUCCUCAAUUGGAGUUUUUGACAUUGCUCCUCAUUUGUGUUGGACUGAUAUAUGGGUGAUGAAAGAGUAUGGUGUUGCAGAGUCAUGGGUGAACUUACCAAAGGUUGGUGAUCAAAAGAUGGGGAUAUUAAGAGUGUUGGGAUUCAAAAAAAAUGGAGAAGUUAUAUUGGAAUUUGGUAGUGGACAAUCAUCUGCUUCAAUUCCAUAUGCUUUUGUUGAUACUUAUCUAGAGAGCCUAGCAUUAUUUGACAAAGGAAAUGUUGUAAAAAAGAAGUCAUCCAAAGAGAGACAUAUCCUAUCCGGCAGAGUUAAGUUUUAUUCAGUACUAUCUUUGAAUUAAUUUAAUUUUGGUUUGAUCUCGGUUUUAAAUUUAAAUAUUUUUGCUGGAAUGGAAUGGCAGUUGUGUUUAUAUAUAUGUAAUCGUUCUGCUGUCAUAUGUGUUUCCAUUUCAAGAGUUCAUAUGAUAUAUUAAUAUAUUACUAGUUUAAUAUUCUGAAAUUUGAUUGUCAA